AUGGGCAAGGGAGGAGAAAAACAAUUUCAGGACACGGAAAAGGGGGCUCUUGGAGUAAAUCUCACAAAGCCCAAAGGCGAACAAGCAUCAGGCUUCAAUGGAAAAUUGGCAUUUGCAAUUGCAGCAGCAGCUCUAGGUUCCUCUUUCCAACAUGGUUAUAAUACCGGAGUUCUCAAUAACCCGCAAAACAUCAUUGAGGGAUGGAUUAGUGCCACCAUGGGUAACAGAACUCAAGAAACCCCCCAUGUGGACAGUGUGACCUUGAUAUUUUCUUUGAUGACUUCUAUAUUUUGUAUCGGUGGAAUGGUUGGAGGAGUUAUAACUGGAACUGUCGCUGACAGGUUUGGUCGUAAAGGCGGACUACUUCUCAACAACAUCUUAGUUAUCGCAUCUGUCCUUUGCCAAUGCCUAUCGAAGGCAGCCUCUUCUUACGAGAUGAUGAUCCUAGGCAGAUUCAUAAUAGGUGUCAAUUCAGGUCUGAAUGCUGGCUUAGCUCCCAUGUACCUAGCAGAAAUAUCCCCGAUGAAUCUGAGAGGAGCAGUUGGAACUGUCUACCAACUGGUCAUUACUAUUUCUAUUCUGAUAGCGCAGAUUUUGGGAUUGUCCGGAAUUUUGGGAACAGAGGCACUAUGGCCAACGCUGCUAGCCAUGACUAUCGUACCGGCUAUUUUCCAGAUUGUUACUCUACCAUUUUGUCCAGAAAGCCCCAAAUACCUACUUUUAUCUAAAGGGAGUGAGAGCCAGGCCCAAAAAGCACUUUCUUGGUUGAGAGGUACUCCUGCUGUUCAAGAGGAGAUGGAAGUCAUGAAAUCUGAAUACGAAGCUGUAAAGUUGGUACCAAAAGUGACCAUGAGAGAAUUGGUAACGAACAGUGCCCUAAGGAUUCCCCUAAUAAUUUCCUUGACUGUUAUGGUGGCCCAACAACUUUCAGGAAUCAAUGCAGUUAUGUUCUUCUCGAGUAAAAUUUUCACAAUGACUGGUUUGGAUGAAGAUCAAUCUAAAUUCGCAACUAUGGCCAUGGGAGGGGUCAAUGUCCUCAUGACCAUUGUGUCUUUAUUCCUAGUGGAGAGAGCCGGAAGAAAAACUUUGCUUAUGGUUGGUUUCGCUGGUAUGGCUGUAGACACCACAUUGCUGACCAUUGGAUUGAUAUUCGCUCAACAAAGCAAAGCAGUCGGCAUCCUUUGCGUUAUAUUCGUCCUCGUGUAUGUUGUCAUGUUCGCCACUGGUCCAGGUUCCAUCCCAUGGUUCUUGGUUUCUGAACUGUUCAACCAAUCAGCUCGACCAGCAGCCACUUCUCUGGCAGUCUGUAUCAACUGGACAGCCAAUUUCUUGGUGGGACUCGCCUUCUUACCACUUGCUGAAUUAAUGAAAUCGUAUGUAUUCAUCAUCUUCAUUGUUUUGCAAUGCUUGUUUUUACUCUUCAUCUACAAGAAAGUGCCAGAAACGAAGAACAAGACCCUGGAAGAAAUUUCAGCGAUGUUCAGGCAACAGUCCUACCAGUAAGAAUGUAUCUGACAGUAUUCAAAUUUUGAUGUCUCCAACAUUGUGUAUAUAUGUGAAUGUAUUCAAAUGUUACGACUAAGAAAUAUAUGUUCGAGAGAGUCCAAAGUUGAACGCUACAUAGCAAACAUGAUAAACUACAUUGGAAAUUAGUUUUGUUGAUAGAAAAUAAGUUCAUGUACCAGAGACGAGGUUGAAAUUAUACUGGUUGUCCCAGGUCUUUUAGGCUAUCGGAUAUUUGAGUCAGUACGAACACCAAAAAGUUUAAAAUAUAGAAUCAGAACCUCUUGAACUAAACUGACAAUGAUGGGAUGACAGGAUAAACCGAAAAUAAUAUGAGCAGUGCAGCUAGAAAAACCAUAGAGUGGUUAUUUUGACAGAAGGUUGAUUUGGAGUAACUAUUUUUAAGAGGGCUUUUACUCACAUUCAUACUCAAAUUUCCACAAAUGUUGGUAUGCAUGGAAUCUUGGAUGUCUCCUGAACUAAAAGCCCUGGGACAACAGGAACACCCUGUAUAUUUAUAUCAUAUCCAGGUAUCUCAAAGACUGCUUUUUGGAGAAAUGUGAUUAGAAUAAGUUUUAGUAGGGAUGAUGAGAUCUGUAGUGUACAACAUAUUAUGCUAUGUGGUAAUAACAAUGGGCCUGAUAUACGCGCGGUGGUCCAGAAUAAUUGAGAAGGCAGUUAUUGAAAUUAUUUUGGCCAUUCUAUAGACGAACGAGUUCAGAUAGAAAAUUCCUCGACAUAUCUUUGACGACAUCAGAAUAUGCUGACUGGGCUUGUCGAGUUCAUCUGACUGGUGUUGCAUUGCAAGUGAUAGAGUCAUAGCCGAUAUUGUUGACUCAUUUCCGAAAAUGUAUAUUUACGAAGAAGUUGCUGAUACAUAUCAAUUUUACAAAGUGUAAUAAGUCAUAAUGAAGUUGAGAUCGAUUUAUGAUCGAGGUAUUGACUGUAUGAUUGAGGUUUGUAAUUCUCAUUUUUAUAACCUCACUGGAGUACCAUGUCAAUUCAGAUUGAUGUUUUUCUAUCACGAUGGGUUGCGUGUAAGAUCUGUCAGACGACCGACCCUGAAGGUAUAACAUUGAAACACAACCUCAAUCUUCUUAUUUGGUUACAAAGGAAUGAAAUAGUUUUUCACAAUUAUUUCGUCAUACGAAUCGUGUUUUUCAGCUAUUCAUUAAUUCAAGCAUGCUGUUGUACAAUGUACAAAAAAAGGAGCGAGAGACGAAGGAGUCCAAUUUUUAGGGCUCCUUUGGUUAACAAUAUUGAUUUGAUAUUUCAGUGAUUAUAGAAAAACUGAUAUUUAUUUUUCCGAUUUUGUUUUGGAGUAUCGGGAAACAAUUUUGGACCACCGUGUAUGUAGGCAACAAUAGUUUAUAUUAUCGUUUUAUUGUGUCCUUUCGCCAUUCGUAUUUUGAAUUUCCGAAUGCUCAUUAUAAUGACAUAACUUUUUUUUUAUAUCAAUUCAUCCAUGUUAUUGAUGCUAUACAGAAACUUAUGUCAUAUGUGAGAUAAUUAUAUUUAUCAUUAUUUAAGUUCGACUGAAAAAUGUUGAUAUAAUUUUAUUCAUUUCUCUCUCUCUCAUUCAGGCUUAUUUAUACUGAAAAAGACACAAUUAUAUUUAGUAAGUUGACUUUUUUCAACAAGUUCCUAGCAUUGUACUCUUUAAUAUAUUUCAUCUAAGUUUAUUGUAAAUAUCAAAAUUUUUUUCGAAAGUCUAUUUACGUUUCCAUUCAGCAAAGUUGAAUAUAUCCAUAAUAAAUAUAUAUAGGUAUAUUGAUCAUGUGAUUUCCUUUUCGAAUAAUAUAAUUUUUGUGUAAGGUACACCGGGGUGAGUCGUUACCCCCGAUACUACGGUGGUAACGGGUAAGUCGAACCGCGAAUUUCAAUAGCUCCGCUAUGAACUGAUAAAAAUAAUAAUAAUAAGGGGUCAUUCUCGUUCCAAUCAUGUCAGCUUUCUGAUGGAUGAUUAUUUGAGAAAUCUGGAGAUGUACAACGAGAUAAGUGCUCAAAUCUUUGAUAUAAUUUUUUUUUAUUAUAUAUAUAUUUUUUAACAACGAACACGUGCUAGCUCGGUAUUCGACGUAAAUCGGACACUAUUCCAAAUAUCGGUGAAGUCGAACCUUAAUUAAUUCUUGAGUUGGUAGCUGGUAGCUUGAUAUAUCACUGAGCAUUCAGGGGAUAUGGGUAGGUUCAUCAUGAGAUAGACAGAGCCACCUUACAGACAAGAAUGUAAUGAUAAUCAGCCCCAAAUUUUCACUUACCCCAUUGUACCUUGCAUGGGAAACAUCUACAAAUUCUGUAUAGUCUAUUUUCUGACAAUGUAAAUUAUUUUGUAUGUUUCGACACGACAAUGUGUUUUUUACAAUCCGAACUAGCAUUUGUUUUUCUAGUCCAAAUUGUAUUAAUCUUUCAAUAAAUCAUAUGG